AUGGACUCUCUGAAUAACCUAAGAGACUCUUUGGAUUACUCCUCGAGUCGACCGCCUGGCGGCUUCUCUAAGCGAGAUGAGGUGGCACUCACUGCGGACUUUAAAGGUACGUGAUUCCUUGUACAUGUGUAGCCUCGAGCGGUCGGAUGUAGCAGGCGCUCUUUGUAGUGCGGCUGUACUUCCGAGUGCUGACUUUUUGGAGACCCCUUCUCUUCUGGCUGGUAGCUGCUGCUCUGCAUUUAACAACGCUGUACAGGACCUCCUUGUCAACCUCCAAGAGGGUCUACUCUCGCGGCUACUUGGCUGCUCUAUCAGACUUGCUGGACAUGAUUGCUCUACGAGCACGUGGAAACGCCAGAGGAGGGAGAGCAGAAGCAAUGAUGGAAGAUGCGCUACUCGAUCCUCGCUCGCUCGAACAGCAACAUCAAGCCGGUCCUUCCAGCCCUAGCGCCUCGACAUCGACUCAAGAAUUGGCCUGGAUGGAGAGGUAUCUCCAAGGCCGAAUCGAGGCGUUGAAGGGUGAAGCGGAAGACGAGGAGAUUGAGGCUGCUGCUGCUGAUCAGGCUGGUUCUUCGAUGGAUGCUAGAAGGCGAGCGCCGUCAAGGCGCUCAAGGGAACGCGAGCUGAGUGCCGAUACUGUCUCAGCUCAGGAUACGCCGCAGACACCUAGGAGACAAGAGAGCAGGCCUGCAUUCCGCCAGCAGUUGGGAUCCGAAAACGCCGCUGGUGACCGACCUGUUCAUCGGCCUGCAUCUUUUGGAGGCACAACCUCGCAAUCCCCCAGCAGCACUGAUCGCUUCCAGCCCCGCCUGAAACGGCCAGCUUCGUCUCUCAGCUCGUCAUCUAAUCCAGAAUUGAUCGAGGACCCGCAAGAUCUUCAACCUCGAGAGUCGGACUCUGCGCCUGCACACAUACAACCUUCGAGCGGUAUGGAGUCUGACGCUGCAAGCAUAGCUGAGAGCGCCUCGAGCUCCCAAUCAUCAGGCAGCACCGCAGCAGCGGGAUCGGCUCCAUCGGCGAAUCUCGCCGAGUCGCAAAUGCCAUUCGCGACGCCAACGCCUCACCCACGUCGGUCAGAUUCAGCGCGUUCACGUCGAUCUAGCUCGGAGCUGGAAGAAGUGACGUUGCGCGAACAAAAGUCUACUUUAGGAGAUGAGACGCUGGUCAAUGUGCGAGCACCCGCACACUCUACGCCCACACACUUGCCCAUGACGCCCAGUGGAAGACAACGCAAACCGACGAGAAGAGGAGGCGAGCAUGCUGGAAAGACCAGGUGUAGCUCUCACGAGCAGUCGGGACAUUUGCUGAGUCCGGUCGGUGAAGAAGCCGCAUUGCAAAUUCCGAAUCGACCAAGAAGGGAAGGCAAAAGACGAUCGACAUUUGGACAAGGUAUUGCUCCUUCGCAUCAUCAAGAUGGGGAACCAAAUGCACCUGCGACGGCUGGAUCGGCCACGAAUAGCUUUUCGUUCUUCCUCCCACCACCUAGACAUUCCUUGGAAGAGAGGGAGCCGAAAGCGGGAAAUAGAAGAGGGGGUAUUGUGGUACCUGCGACGAGCGGCAACAAUACCGCAUUUGCACAGUUUGCGAGCCACUCACCUGAACAGGCUACUAGGGCCAAGAGGAGAAAGAGAGACAAGAAGGACGGCAACGGAAAUGCGAAUGCGAAUGCCAGUGGGAAUGCAAGCGGCAAUGGAGAUGGGCAAGGCUUGAUCUGA